UGAAGUAUAAAUACAGCCCGAUGGUUUUAACAACAUCACAUAACAAAGCAAUAGAUUUGAGAGAGGGUUGAAGGGGCCAUACGAGACUUGAUGUUCCUCCGCAUUCUAAAGGUGGGUGAACCUAAAAUUUCAAUGAACAGGAAUGAUGGAUAUAUAUGCAUCACGGGGUAAUCAAUGACAUCAAACUAAUUGGCAAGCCUUGGUCUCUAUGAUCAGAUUUUAUACAGUUAUUUUUUGGUUUUUUUAUAUUUCAUAUUUUGUAAGUUCUCUAGCAGGAUUGAUAGUGAAACAUAUAGGCUAAGAGACAUAUGCAGCACAAUCAACAUUCAAGUGUAAGGUGUAAAGGAGAAGCUCAAAUACAAAAUAGAUAAUUUGCCAACUAAGGAAGGGAGAAGAAGUGUGAAGUUUAUUUUGGACCUACCCAAAAAAGAAAGUGUGAAUUUGAUUCGGGACCGGAGGGACACCAAACCCUGAUCUUCCUAUGGAUGAUAGCAGAGUUAUCGCAGCCGGUGGGGCCGGAAAACGAAAGAAAUCCAGGAAGAAUCCACAAUCUACUCCCUCCAUUAUUCCCGCUCAGGAGGCUGCCCCUUCCCAACCGCUUCCAGAGCCUCAGCCAAUUCAGCAGGUCCACCAGGAUCAAUUAGAGGCCAUGCUGAUUGAUGACCGGUUCGGCUCUGACCAACUGCACCAAUUUUCCCAGCAUUUCGACUCCGUUCGGGGGGAACCCUCGAAUGCUGGUGAGACCCAUACCGACCAUAUUACGGGUCAGGUCGAGCGGAUCUCCCUAUCCGACCCUAUCCAUGAGGUAUUAGAGAGGGCCGGCUCUACAGCGAGCCAGAUCUGGUCGACCUCCUCUUGGUUCAACAACUUUUCCCUUCCUCAGUUGCCGGUCGAGCAAUCUGAAGAAUGUCUGGCUCUGACUGCUCUGAAGAUGGGCUUGUACACCCUUCAGAUGCGGGAGGCCCGCCUGGCCAAGGAGCGGGAACUGAUUGUUGCCCAGUCUUCUCCUGAGCAACAUGCUGCUGCUGCCAUCGCCUCUCUGGAGGCCGAACGGAAAGCCUUUGUGGAGGAAAAGCAGAGACUGGAUGCUGAGCUCGGUACCCUUCGGGUCCAACUCGCAGCUUCCCAGGCGAAGGUCCUGGCUGCUGAGGCCGCACAGGUCAAAUUCGAAGAAAUGCCAUCUAGCAUCCCGGACGGUCCCUAUGAAGUGAACGUGGAUCUGUCCGCCGUCCGGGACACGUUUAAAUCCUCUGAUGAAUUCUCCAUCAUCAAGGAUGAACAUGCAAGGGCCCAAAUCCCGUUCGCCUUUGGGGCGUACUUGAAGGGUUUCCCCAAAGGCGCUGGUCGGCUAUCGACAGGGGUGGCCCUCUUGGAUAAGGACCCCGAGGCCAAGAAGUGGAACGACUCCAUCGUCUCAGAUCUUUAUGGCAAAAUUGGCCAGGUCUUGCUGCGUCCCUUCAUCACUCAGCUUCAAAAUCAUAUGGGGAGGCCGGUUCAGGCUUCUGAUCUCCCCACAGAUGACAUUAUCCAGACUCAGUUUGAGAAAUACCUGCGAGCUCGGCAAAGGGAAGCCGAUCAGGCUGCUGGGAGAGAGCCUGAGCCCCUGUCUGAUGAUGAUGAAGACGAGGACGAAGAGGGAAAUGAAAUGGCCCCUAGCCAAUAAUUUAUAUGUACUUUUUCAUUACUUGUUGUAAUUUUCUUUUUCUCUAAAUAGCUUGUACUUCCCGGUCAGUAGAACCGAUGAAUAUAUAUCCCUUUUUU